GGUACAAAUUUCGGACCCUAAUACCGCUGCCACCAACUCAUCACUCUCCAACGCUUCACACUUCCGCUCUCCUCGCUUCUUGACGGAGCUACCAAAGCUCUCUCUCCAACCACCCCCCACAAAUAUAUACGUACAGUCGAUACAUACAACCUUCUCCCUCUCUCUCUCUCUCUCUCUCUAAGUUCUCUCUCUUGAUCUGAGAAAUCAAAUCAAAAUGCAGAGCUCGACGAUUGCAUUCUCGCCUUCUCUCUCUCUCUCCACACAUCCUCGCAAGCUCCCCGUCCGAGGGUUUAACCCUCUCUCCGUCUCCACCCCCGGCCGGCAGUGCUUAACCAAUGGCGCCGCUCUUUUCGCUUCCACCACCCGGAAAUUGAGCCCGAUUAGCUGCUCGCUGAACCAGAGCGGUUGGAUUUCCGGGCCCACUCCGGGAUCUCCGGAGCCCAAAUCCGAUGGAGUUGUUGUUGUUCAGGCCACCGCGGAGAGCGCCGGCGCGGCGGAAACCCCUAAAUCGAAGAGCUUUCAGGAUACUCUGGUCCUUGGAACGCUCUUUGGACUUUGGUACCUGUUUAACAUCUACUUCAAUAUCUACAACAAGCAGGUUCUCAAAGCAUUCCACUACCCAAUGACAGUCACUCUCGUUCAAUUUGCUGUUGGAACUGUGCUCGUUACUUUGAUGUGGACCCUCAAUCUCUACAAACGUCCUAAAAUCAGUGGGGCCCAGCUUCUUGCGAUUCUUCCGUUGGCAUUCGUGCAUACCUUAGGCAACCUCUUCACUAAUAUGAGUCUUGGAAAAGUUGCCGUUUCCUUCACUCACACAAUUAAAGCUAUGGAGCCCUUUUUCUCAGUUGUCCUCUCUUCUAUGUUUUUGGGAGAGUAUCCUACACUAUGGGUGGUUUCUUCGCUUUUACCAAUCGUUGGUGGAGUGGGUUUGGCGUCGAUGACCGAGGCCUCUUUUAACUGGGCUGGUUUUUGGAGUGCUAUGGCAUCAAAUUUGACGAACCAAUCUCGCAACGUUCUUAGCAAGAAAUUCAUGGUUAAGAAAGAGGAUUCACUGGACAACAUAACUCUCUUCUCGAUAAUUACUAUUAUGUCCUUUUUCUUGAUGGCCCCUACUGCCAUUUUCAUGGAAGGCAUCAAGUUUACACCGUCACAACUUCAGGCUGCUGGUGUGAAUGUCAAUCAGCUUUACACUAGGUCCUUCAUAGCAGCUCUCUGCUUCCAUGCAUAUCAGCAGGUUUCUUACAUGAUAUUGCAGCGUGUAUCUCCUGUGACUCAUUCCGUAGGAAACUGUGUUAAACGUGUGGUGGUGAUCGUCACUUCUGUUCUCUUCUUCCGCUCACCUGUUUCACCUAUCAACUCUCUAGGUACCGGAAUUGCCCUUGCUGGAGUGUUCUUGUACUCGAGAGUGAAGAGCAUUAAACCAAAGCCAAAGACGGCUUGAAUACUUUUCGUGCUAAAUCAGUUUUGGUGAUGGAUUUUUGUGUUAGACUAGAAAAAAAAAACUGGUGUGAACUUCAUCUGUUGUAUCUCUUUUAGUCUGGACACGAGAUUCUUUUUUCCGGGGUUUUUGGCGCCUUAUUUCUGUAGCUGUCUCAUAAAAAAAUUGGGUAAAUUCUUUGAUGGAGAUUCAAAAUUUGUUGUUGGAAAAAUGUGACCAUUUGAUUAUGCAAAAAUAAUGUCAUAGAAGCAUUUAUUGAUUUGCAUAAA